UCAGUGAGCAGCAGCUUCUCGUUUCGUUUGUUAGUUCUUUCGCUCUCUCUCCCGCUCUCUCUCUCUCUCUCUCUCUCCCUUUCUCUCUCUCUUUCUCUCUCUCUCUCUCUCUCUCUCCCUUUCUCUCUCUCUUUCUCUCUCUCUCUCUCUUGCUGGUGUAUGGUGACAUGAAAUUCGGAGUGGGUUAUAAAUGGCUGUAUUCUCCGUACAGAAGAAGAAGAUAGUCAGGACAAGCUUGUGUGUGUGUGUGUGUGUGAUUCAGUGUGUGUGUGACGUUAUAUGUGAUUGUAUGUGGAUGUGUGAAAGGAGAUGCUCAUCUUCCUCAUGGCUGCUAUGAUGAAGUCUGGACUCCCGACUCGUGCUGUGCUGCCUCAGUGCACGGCCCUAAACACGCACUCAUUCUCCAACAAACACACACACACCCAUGCAGUUAUGCUUCCCGUUCGGACCGACAGCCAUCAAGAACCAGCAGACCUACAGAUCUACACGGACUGGGCGAAUCACUAUUUGGCAAAAUCAGGACACAAGCAGCUGAUUCAAGAUCUGCAGCAAGAUGUUUCUGAUGGAGUGCUUUUGGCUGAAAUCAUCCAAGUCGUCGCCAAUGAAAAGAUCGAGGACAUUAACGGCUGCCCAAAGAGCCACUCGCAGAUGAUUGAAAAUAUCGAUACGUGUCUGGCUUUUCUGGCAGCAAAAGGUGUGAACAUACAGGGACUCUCAGCUGAAGAAAUCAGAAAUGGGAAUCUGAAGGCGAUACUGGGACUGUUUUUUAGUUUAUCACGGUACAAACAGCAGCAGCAACAGCAGCAGAGCACCUCACAAACACACUUCGCACACACUGCACAUACACACACAGCCUCCUCGCAUGGGACACAGGCCUCAGCAGCACAGAUCCAUCAAGCACAGGCGGAGAUGCAGUCCAGGACUUCCUCUGAGAGCAAACUUCUCAAGUUUUCCAUUGGUCAGAAAAAGACAUCUAGACUUCCUGGCCCUACAUCGAGAGUUCCUGCUGUGUCCGUUGAGUCAUCACCACGCGGUUCAGUCAGCUCAGCAGGAAACAGACGCAGCCAGAUGUUCAGUGAGAAAGUCAAACCUGCAGCCACACAGACCAGAGAAUCAUUAGACGGCAUUACUUCCCAACCACCAAGCAUGACAGAGCACGCUCCGUCGUCAUUGGCAACCACGUCCGCCAUCACCAGCACUGUGCCGUCUUCCUCUUCGUCCUCUGCCACCUCCUGCUCAGCCAUCCCUCAGCCCAACUCGAGCAGCAAACCCUGGAGGAGCAAGUCUCUGAGCACCAAAAACACGUCUACCUCCACUGUUUCCCCAGUUAAAGGGGAAGUCCCUUCUAAACAGGCCCCUCCCACUGACCCACCUCCCAAAUCACUGACCCCCCAGAAGUCCAUGUUGGAGAAACUCAAACUGUUCAACAGUAAAAGUGGCUCUAAAUCCUCCACACCGCCAGAGGGCGCUGUUCAAAUGUCGCUCACGUUGGACAAAAUAGAAGCUACCGAGCCUCCGGAGGAAGCGAACAGCUAUGCGCUGACAAGCAGCAGCCCAAAGAUGGCGUUGAAGGGCAUUGCACAGCGCACCUUUAGCCGAGCCCUAACGGCUAAAAAGUGCUCAAUGAAAGGUGUGGAAAAAGAAAAGGACAGUGACAAAGAGAAAGAGCGGGCUAAGGAGAAAGAGAGAGGAAAGGAGAUGUCUAAACGAAUGUUCACUUUCGAAAAGACAGCGAGUCGAGAAGCAGUAACCACAGAGGACAUGACUACCAGGAGUGAGGUUAGCGUAGCAGCUGCAGAGAGUAAACGAACUUCUAAAAUUGCUAGCCUCAUUCCCAAAGGAGGCAAAUCCAGCUCCAAAAAAGAUAGCUCCGCCUCCAUGCAUAGCGGAAUCCCCAAACCAGGAAGUAAAAGCAUGGUUAAAAGCUCAGGAGCGCCCCUCUGUGGCAAAGACAAUGAAAGGCCACGGAGUAUGAGGCUAAGCAGUGGAGUUGGUUUCCAUGGAGACAGCCGCCACUCUUCUUCCUCUUCCAGUCUCGCGUCUACAGAGGGCAAAUGUCAUCAGAACCACAGCGUAACCUCAGUGGGUAAUGGAGGAACUACACAGUCCACAGCUAGCAACACGGUUAGUGUGCAGCUUCCUCAGCCUCAGCAGCAGUACAGCCACCCAAACACUGCCACUGUAGCACCAUUCAUGUACAGAUCCCAGACAGAUGGGGACGACACCAUAGAAACAGGCUUCACAGGAUGCACUGGAGGGUCAGGUAGCUUCAGCAAAACCAACCAGAUGUCCACUGAAGAUUUAUCAGGUGAAGAUCCUGAGACUAGGAGACUGCGAACAGUUAAAAACAUUGCAGACCUUCGACAGAACCUGGAAGAAACCAUGUCCAGUUUAAGGGGGACACAGAUCACACACAGCGCCCUGGAAACGUUUGAUAGUGGCGUCACUACGGAAACGAACACUCGUUCUGGUUUUCGGUCAUCUCGUGCUGCACCGCUCUCGUGGACCAAUCGGAUCGGCCCGUCCAGCCCACGGCUGCAGGCUGGCGACGCCCCCUCACCAGGGAAUGGAUAUCCAGCACAUGGAGGCAUGGGUGGGGCUGGCAUGGGUCACAUGCGCUACCUUUACUCUGCGCCUCUGCGCAGGCAGCUAGCAGCACGCAGCAGCGCCAUCUGCGGGCUCGAGCUGGGAGAGCGGGGUGGAGAGGAACUCGAGCUUGACGUCAGUGGCUAUGUGAGCGACGGAGAUGUGCUGACCAAGAACGCACACACUGAUGAGCUCAGCAGUGGCUACCUGACUGAUGGUGGUUUGAGUUUAUACACUCGUCGUAUGAACCGUUUCCCAGAUGGACUGGCAUUGAUGCGAGAAACGUUGCAGAAGCACGUAUCGACAGGUCAAGGUGACGCAGACAGUUGGGAUGACAGCAGUUCCGUCAGCAGUGGGGUUAGUGAUACGAUCGACACCGAUGACAUCAACACUAGUUCUUCCAUCAGCUCGUACACACACACAUCUGCUGCAUGCAGAACCCUGAGCACCCAGCCACAGACCGAUGCUGAGAAACAUUCAGCAGCCGAGCGCAACUCAAGCUGGUCUUGUGAUGAAGUCAAGAAAUCGGACGGAAGUUCGGACAGUAGCGUGAAAAUGGAGUCCAGCUCAAAAUGGCGUCAAAAAAAUGGCACUUCUGAUGUAUCGGACGAGUCGGAUAAGGGAGGAUCUGGGAAGAGGGGUGGUGCCAUCUCUCAGACCGGUUCAUGGAGGCGGGGUAUGAGUGCCCAGGUCGGUGUGACUACGCCACGCACAAAAAACAUGACAGCCACCUCAGGACCAGGCAUGAUGAAAACACACGGGACCGCUAAAACGGAUGACGCUAAGGUGUCAGAGAAAGGCCGCAUUUCUCCCCACGUUAACAACAUCCAAAGCUGCGACCCUGCCCCGUCCCGUGUUUCCUUCGGCUUUAAGAAACCCACCUCUGGGUCCAUGUCUGGUCACACUGCCACGGCAACGACCUCCAGUACAGCCAUGGUGCCAGCUAGCAGAGUCAUGGUCAUCAGUGGCUCAGCCACACUGGGGAAAAUCCCCAAAUCCUCGGUGCUGAUGGUGGGUGGAGUCAGAUCUGGCCUGAAAGGGUCAGCAGCACCAGAGUGCACCAUGGUGACUCAGGAGGAUGGCUGCCUAGCAACCAGUGUCAGGUCGACAUUGCAGUAUCGUAGUCUACCACGACCUUCCCGCUCCACACACAACCGCUCCUCCACCAGCAGCAUUGAAUCAGGAUCGAGCAGCCGAGGCCCUGCCAUCACUGUCACUGUCUCGGCCAGUAAGACACGAGAGUCCAUCCCCAAUGCGAAAACCAAUCAGACGGACAAGGAUAAGGGCGGAGUCUCAGAGACGGACAAUUUGAGACAAAACGUGGCUGGCUCAAGUUCAACAAUUCCGCAGACAUCGAGACAAGGGAGUAAAUAUAAAGAGGUUUCAUCACCCACACUACGCAGACUUUUUGGAGGUAAAGCUGCUAAGCAGGCUACUGCCACAGAGAACCUGAAGAACUCUGUGGUCAUUUCAAACCCUCAUGCCACAAUGGGACACCACUCUGUACCCUCUGCUGGACUCCUGGACUCCCCCUCAGCAGGCAGUAGUGGGGGUGCAGGGGGCAGCGAGCAGGUGUCCAGCCCUGGCUCGGGCUACUCGGGGGGCACGGGCACAUGGGGCCACCCUUCUGUCAGCAGCAUGCACACAAGCUCUGACUCUAUUGACAUGUCUGUCAGCAGCGGACAUCAGCGUGACAACGGCCAUCAGCCAAUCACUCGCACUGGAAGCGCCAAGACGGAGAGUCCCUUCUCUUCCCCUUCUGCUAGUCCCAAAUUCAGCCGCAACACCUUGCCUCGGAAACAGGACAGGUACACCCCUUCGCCGCAGCUCCGCCCAGACGAGGCACGUGAUUGGCUGCGCUCGCAUUCCAUCAGCGGAUUGCAGGACUCGGUCAGUAACUCACCGUUUUCUACCGGCUCCAGUGUGACCUCGCCGUCCGGGACACGGUUCAAUUUCGGACAGCUCGCCAGUCCCACCACAGCAGCUCAGAUAAGCUUUGUGAGUCUGCGCAACAGCAGUCUGACCAAUCAGGACGCAACGCUGGAGACAUGCAACGAGGGCCGCCUGAGGAACUCCUGCGUCUCGCUGGACGAGAAAACCCGCGUCAUUAGUCGUUCAGCCUCCUUCAGAGACGGCUUUGAAGAAGUGCACGGUUCGUCUCUCUCCCUGGUCUCGAGUACGUCUUCCAUCUACUCCACGAAUGAAGAGAAAUCACAGUCAGAGAUUCGGAAGUUGCGCAGAGAGCUGGAUGCCUCACAGGAGAAAGUGUCAGCACUGACAACACAACUGAGUGCUAAUGCCCACCUGGUAGCAGCAUUUGAGCAAAGUCUAGCCAACAUGACCAUCAGACUAAAGAGCCUCACUAUGACAGCAGAGCAGAAGGACUCUGAGCUGAAUGAGUUGAGAAAGACAAUCGAGUUGCUAAAGAGGCAGAACGCUGUGGCUCAAGCUGCCAUUAACGGCGUCAUUAACACUCCAGAACUCUCCUGUAAACCUGAGCGUACAGGUUCUGUGGGCUCAGUCUCAGUACAGGCAGAGAUGUGUAUGCGCAGACAGCACUCGUCGGACAGUGUGUCCAGCAUCACCAGCCACUCCAGCAUGGAGAAUACAGACAACAGCGGCAAGAAGAAAAAGAAAAACUGGCUGCGUAGCUCCUUUAAACAGGCAUUCACCAAAAAGAAGUCACCGAAAUCCGCCUCGUCCCAUUCGGACAUCGAGGAAAUGAACGACUCGCUUCCUUCAUCUCCGAAACUCCCUCAUAACGGAUCCAGCAGCUCCACACUCGUGCUCAGGAACUCAAACUCGAUGUUGCCGGAGGGUUUCGAUGGAGAGGCGGAGACUGUAAUGCAGCUCCGGAGCGAGUUGAGAGAGAAAGAAAUGAAGUUGACGGACAUCCGGUUAGAGGCGCUUAGCUCCGCCCACCAACUUGACCAAUUACGGGAGGCCAUGAAUCGAAUGCAGACUGAGAUUGAGAAGCUGAAAGUGGAAAACGACCAGUUAAAGAUGGAGAACCAGGCAAACGGUGGCCGAACAUUAAUCGCCCCAAGUUCCAUCACGACUCCAUCAACUGAACUCGCGCAACAAAACGCCCACGAGUCCACAAGCUUUGAUAUACUGCUGGAUGAUUCUGGAGGAGACCGUAAAGAUGGCCAACAUGUAAAGAUCGUGGUCAGUUUACAGGGAGAGGAUGCACCCAGGAAAGAGGAUUGCAGACCACGGGACUUCCUGAUCGGCUGUAUCGGAGUUAGCGGGAAAACCAAAUGGGACGUUUUGGAUGGAGUAGUGAAACGCCUGUUUAAGGAAUACAUCAGGCAUGUCGAUCAAGUCAGUCAGCUGGGACUGAGCUCUGACAGCGUGGAGUCGUAUCGUAUUGGGGAUGUGAUUAGGCCCGGUAGAGCAGAAACGCCAGAACUGCUUCCUUGUGGAUAUCUAGUGGGGGAAAACAAGACAAUAAACAUUUCACUUAAAGGUGUGAGCUCCCAGUCGAUUGACUCACUUGUGUUUGAGAUGUUAAUCCCAAAGCCUGUGUUGCAGCGCUACGUGUCACUGCUGCACGAACAUCGCCGUCUCAUUUUGUCUGGUCCAAGUGGCACAGGGAAAACAUACCUGGCCCAGCGUCUCGCCGAACACCUGACACUGCUUGAGGGACGCACUAUUACACACACUGCCAUCACCACCUUCAACGUAGACCACAAGUCUAGCAAGGAGCUGCGACAGUAUUUGUUGGCUGUAGUGGAACAGUGCAGUGUGGAUCAACAUGAAGCUCCUUUAGUUAUCAUACUGGACAACUUGCAUCACAUCAGCUCACUUGGGGAGAUAUUCAAUGGCCUGCUUACCCAAACACGGCAGCACUGCCCAUACAUAAUCGGCACCAUGAGUCAGACAACAUCUUCAUCUCCGAAUUUGCAGCUUCAUCAUAACUUCAGGUGGGUUUUGUGUGCGAAUCACACUGAGCCAGUGAAGGGCUUUCUGGGCCGUUUUCUGCGUCGGAGGCUUAUUGAGACUGAAAUCAGCAGCCGAACACGUAAUCCAGAGCUGGUGAAGAUCAUUGAGUGGAUUCCUCAUGUCUGGCAUCAUCUCAACUGCUUCCUGGAGGCUCACAGCUCCUCAGAUGUCACUAUCGGACCGCGUCUGUUCCUGUCAUGUCCGAUGGACGUGGAUGGAUCACGCAUUUGGUUUACAGAUCUGUGGAAUUACAGCAUCAUCCCAUACAUGCUGGAAGCCGUCAGAGAGGGUUUGCAGCUGUACGGACGCAGAGCUGCAUGGGAUGAUCCUACUCGUUGGGUGAUGGACACGUUUCCAUGGAGAUCGAGCUCGCUGCAUCCUGAUUGUCCUGCUCUGCUAAAACUCCGCCCAGAGGAUGUGGGUUUGGACGGAGGCUCCACCUCUAAAGAGGGCACUACCAAACAGAACACCCAGACUGACAGUGAGGCUGAUCCACUGAUGAACAUGCUGAUGCGUCUGAAGGAGGCCGCGAACUGCUCCAGCACUCCGAGUUAUGACAGCGACUCUAACAGUAAUGGUCACCAUGACGACAUCCUUGACUCAUCGCUGGAGUCAGCGCUCUGAUGCUUCAUUUUAUACUUUUUUUACUUACAAACGUCCCGUGAAUGUCUCCUCGUGCCCUUGCAGCGCCGAUGAAGCAGCUGCUCGUAAAUUUAUCCUAUGCGAUGAGGGAACAUCUUUUGAAAGGAAAAAAAAAUAACUGCACUACUCAACUGAUUCAGCUUACAAAAUUAGAUGACAAUUUCAAAAUAAUAAUAAUAAUAAUAAUAAUAAUAAUAAUAAUAAUAAUAAUAAACCCAUAGAAGAAAAAGAAGAAGACAGAAACUGCACUACUUAUAAUUCAUCUUCACACCACCGCUGUGAUGGAUGUAUUAAAGAAUAGCACAUCAUCAGACAGAGAUUUUCCAGAAUCCUUACCUCACUAUAGUCCACCUAUAAUGUCUGAUGAUAAUAACAAUAAUAAUAAUAAUAAUAAUAAUAAUAAUAAUAAUAAUAAUAAUAAAUAAAAUAUGCUUUUUUGAGAAACAUCUAAACUCUAAACCUCUCUAUCUCUUCUCUCAUACGGUGUUUCUGGUGACAAAAUGGUGCUACGAAUGAGUUUUGCGCUCUUUGCUACUCUGGAUGUCUGGACACUCAUGACAGUGGCACACAAAAGUUUAUUCUGAUGCUGGCCAUCAUUUUAUAACUUGAUGCAUUCGGGGAGACUUCCUGUUCUGUAUUCAUUGGUUUGCAUGAUGAGUAAUGGUACCUCACCAGCAUGGAGACAUGUCUAGCACUCAUUUACUGUUGAAUGCCAUCAUUCUCUACAUUUCCUUCCUCUUGUUUUUUGGUGCUGAAGAACCCAGUGCCUUACUGCGUUUUGCGACGAGAACCUGAGAGGCGCUGUGUUCUUAUCUUGAACUUUUCACAUCCUCUCGAGCAAAAGGGCUUCACGCUGCACACCUCAGCAGCUCAGAGUGGCGUUAUCAUUUUAUAACGAUUAACAGUGCACAACAAAACCCUGUGAGACUGCACAAUGUUGAAUUCAAAAAGGCGUGUGCGUAGGUGCGUGUUUAUACCUCAUCGACUGUCCAGAACUUUACUUUGGCCUUAAUUCCCAUGCGACACCACUGUGAAGGGGAAUGACUUAGAGUUCUUAUCUGACCUUAGAAUCCCAAAAUGUUCUCUGGUUUUCUCAAAUAAAAAGCACAUAAUAUAGUUUGUAAACAUUGGUCAAGUUUCAAAAUGUACUCCUUGCCUAAGUUCUAUGUAUGGAAACUAAGCUGCAAAAACAGCCCCCAUUUUAGAUUUCUUGUUUCUUCAAUGUCAAAACUUGUUUAAAUAUACUCGCCCAUGCAUGUUACAGCAGGUUAGCCCCACCCAUUUAUUUUACAGCAGAUCAACUCCCAUUCACUUUACAGCAGGUUAGCCCCGCCCAUUUACUUUACAGUAGUUUAGCUCCACCUAUUUAUUUUACAGCAGAUUAGCCCCACCCAUUUAUUUUACAGCAGGUUAGCCCCCGCCCAUUUACUUUACAGAAAGUUAGCUCCACCUAUUUACUUUACAGCAGGUUAGUCCUGCCUGUUCACUUUACAGCAGGUUAGCCCUGCCCAUUUAUUUUACAGCAGGUUAGCCCCACCCAUUUACUUUACAGAAGGUUAGCUCCACCUAUUUAAUUUACAACAGAUUAGCCCCGCCCAUUUAUUUUCCAGCAGAUCAACCCCCAUUCACUUUAUAACAGGUUAGCCCCGCCCAUUCACAUUACAGCAGAUUAGCCCCACCCAUUCACAUUGCAGCAGGUUUUGCCUUGCCCAGUCCCAUUGAAUUCUGUAGCAGUAUUUGGGUGAAAGAUGUUGCAGCAUGCAGGUAAACCUUGUAUCUGGCCGUCAGGAAACAAAUAAGCUACACAAGUGUCUACACGAGACACUUGAAUUAGGGCAAGAUAAUGUCGUAACAGUAUUGAUGAUGCGAUUCCAAAUAUAUUGGACCCAACAGCAGACCCACAACCCAUAAGUAUUUCAUUCUGAUAUCUCGUUUAUUCAUGACUAUUCAGUAUGAACACUGACUGAGGCGGCUCUAUCUAACAAAGUAUGCACCCCGUACUCAGUGAGCUAACAUUAGCUAGCUAGCUAGAUUUGGCCUUGCUAAUCUGUCCGCUAAUUCUCCAGCUAGUCGUGUCAGUAACAGUCAAAUUUCCCCCUAUUUUUAAAAUCAUUUCAAUUGCUUUCUACAAGCAGAUAACAUUAUUUAUCUCCCGUUUAAAUAGAGGAAUGGAAAUUGUUGUGUAAAAAUGAACUUUUUUGUACAUAAAACUGCGCAAAUAUUAUAAGUGGACUUCAGGGGAAAAGAUCAAAUGCAAAAAAAACAAUGUAGGAUACGGGACCUUAACGCUGUUACUAUGCUUACUGCUUUUAUAGACAUUUAGGAAGAGCUAAUAAAUGAAACAACAGAAGAAAUGAGCGUUGACUUUUAACUCGGUUAACACUUGAUAUCAGGAAUUAAUUGUGGCUUUGUUUGAAUUCCUUAUGAAUUUCAUACGAAUUUCAUUUCUCGCUUACAUUCAGCAUCUUGAUCCUAUGCAACUUCAUUCAGAUUUGAAAUGGAAGCCAAAUAUGGUAUCAGCACUGCCAAGUGUGUGCAUGUGUGUGUGUGUGUGUGUGUGUGUGUGUGUGUGUGUGUGUGUGUGUGUGUGUGUGUGUGUAUUUAUAUAAAUAUGGAUUGUACAGUGUGUAUAUACUUUGUGAAUAAUUCUCAGAUUAUGAUGUGCCUACAUUUUAUAAACUCGGAUGUAAGUCGAUUCAAGCACAGACUCUGGACACGUUUUGAACUUUAUUCUCAUAAUUGAAUGUUUAUUUGAUUUUAAAUACACAACAUUCUUUUUUUUAAAUCUUGCAUUUGGAUGAAUAAAAUUGUACUUACAUGUUUAUAACAUCA